AUGUACCUGGUCUCUCUUUCUCAAGAAUUUAGGCAUUUUUCUUUCUUUUGCUUCAGGAAGCCUGCAACGUUGUCAUACUUCUCACAUCUCUUCACUUAAGUUGAUCUCUCUCAAAAUUAUUGCGUAGAUUCAUCGAGCUAAGCAUCGCCGGAUUUUACUGCAAUUUUUUUCUAGCCCGCAAAUCCACUUCAACUUCUGGUUGUGCUUGACAAUCAUGGUCUUUGUCAUCACCUUAUUUACCGUCUUCUUCGCAUCACUCUCCUCUUCACCCCAGAUCUUUGUUUCUCUCUCUUCCGGCUUCCCUUAGUCAGCACUAUUCCAUAAAACUCAUGAUGUCCUGGCUGCGGGCUUCUCGCUCUCAUUGAGCUAGCCAUUAUGGUCAGGCAUGUCAGGUGAGUUGGGUUCGUGAAGGGUUGUCGGGAGGGUGAUUAAGUUUACUGAUCUGGUGUGUUUUUGUGGUUGUAUUAUUAUUUUUGCCGUCCUCUGUCUCUGGAUGUUUAUCUCGUUAUGCGUAACUCUGUCUCUCGACAAAAAUUCGUCAAUACUUAGAAGCCUACAUCUACAAAAUCAGACUGAUCGUUGUUACUCUCUCCUCCGGCUUACCUUCGUCAGCGCUAUUCGAUACAACGCACUGUCGAUGUCCAGGAUGCGGGCUUCUGGCGCUCAUCGAGCUAGCCAUCAUCGUCAGGUAUGUCAGGCUCUGUCUCUGGAUGUUUAUCUCCUUAUGUAUGACUCUGUCUCUCAACAGAAGUUCGUCAAUACUUACAAGCCUAGAUCCACAUAGUCAGACAGGGAGAUCUUAAAAAUAAGGAGGACACCCUAACCAGAUAAGUGAAAUGUAUUUCUUUUUCUUUUGAUAUAAUAUAAAGUGAGGGAAUGCCAUAGGGUUGAUUGGCUAAUGGAGGCAAUUACUUAUUUGUAGAAUGAAAAAGAAACAAGUUGGGCUAAAUUUCACCCCAAGAUUUACAACAAAAGUUUGCUGCUUUAAAGGAUAAAUGGGGUUUAGGAAAAAGAAGUUCUUGAUUUAUUUUUCCCGUCCCUUUCACUUUUGCUGCUAGAAUAAAAGAACAGAACUUUGCAAUUUUGGGGUUUUUCUUUACAUGAGACAAUUUCUUAAUUAAAUGUCUUGAAAUUGAUUCGUGUGUGGUUGUGAUAUAGAUUUGAUGCUGUGAUCCGUUUUACUGGCCUCAAGGCUGUUGGGAGAGUGUCGCAAAUCCACGCCGUUUUUUCAACUUCAAUUUGGUUGGUGCCAUCAAUCUUUAUGAGGUCAUGGCAAAAUAUGACAGCAGAAAGGUAUUUACUGUUGCAUUAGUUUCUUCUUUCGAGUUAGUGUACUUGCAACUCAUGCGAGGAAGGAUCAUCAAAAUUUUCCAAUAUACAUUCUCCAAGAAUGUGAUUUUCCAAAGACCUCUUUCUAUCAGUUAUGAGAAAUUUUAGUGGUCAGAAGACUAAGCCUGUUUGUCUUCUCAGUUCUCAAGAUAGUUGUGCAGAGUUGUUGUCUGAGUCUCUGAGACUCUAAUCAUCCAGUAGUGUUAUUCACAUAUAAAUUGACUGUUCUUUUUACAAUUAGUUUCUAUGAUGGUAUUAUACCCUGUAGAAAUUCUUUUGCUUCUUCUUUCUUCCGAACUAUGAAGUUUGUUAAUGAAGAUUAUGUGAUUUUCUAUGAUAUAUCAUUUUCUAUGUAAUUUUCUAUGUUUUAUGGUAACUGGAGUGCUUGAUUUGCUGCGAAUGUUUGGCGUGAUUCAUGUAUUGGGUUGGAGCAAGCAGUUAAGGUUAGCGAUAAUCAUAAUAUUUUCGAUACAUGUUCUGAUUCGCAGUUAUGAUUUAGAUCAAUUCUACUUCGAUGUAGUUAAAUUUGGGGAUAUUUAUACUGUCUAUUUGGGCCCUAAUCUUUUGAUUUAUUGUCUCAUGGGAUUUCCUUUCUCUUUUGAGCUUUGGUAUGGGUUUGUCCUCAUCUGGCCGUUGGACCCUUCACCUGCAAAGAUUCCAGGUGCAUGUCCUAGAGAAUUUUCAUGGAAGCCUUCGGUUUUGAGAGCAUGGUGGGGAGAGACUUUCUUCCCAAAGAAUCCGGUUUCUUCAUUUUUUAGUUCCUUUCAGCUUCAUGUGCUUCAAAUUCUCAGCCAUGCAUAUUUUUCUUCAUCUUUUUUUCCCUUCUCUUGCAGAAAAGAACACCACAGUUGGGCUCUGCGGUUCAGGAGUCUCAGAGGUUGCACUCAGUAUCUGUCUAUGAACAGUGAAAGAAACAAUACAGUUAAUAAUGUUCAACUUUCAAGCACGCAAUUUAUGCUGCUCCUUUGGCUACUAGACCUCAUGCAGAUGUGGCCUACUGCAUCCAUGCACUUGCCAGACGGUUAUCAAAGACACAUAACUGGGAACACAAAAUGUAAUUUGCAAGUAGGUGGAUCUUGAAUGGUUAUGAGGCGGCAGUCCAAUGAUUAUCGUUGGACAUGGCUACAAUCACACGUUGCGAUAUGGAGUGGGAUUCUCUUAUGCUACCAAUAGCUCAUUCUAUGAGGCAGUAUAUGAUAAGAGAACGGCUUCUUUGCUUCGGGCCAUUACACCAUGAGACUUCUUUUCCAACCAACUGAAGGAGAGGCGGCUGCAUCUUACAUUACAACAGGAGCUCUUGGUGAUGCUGAAUCAAUAUUUGGAGUAAACAUUGAUAGUCAAAGACCCACUGGAAGGAGGACGCGUUGUUUUGGUGCAAAACUAAUUGGGAGCAUGAAAUCAUGGCCACCUCCAACAGGUGAUAAGGAUGAUCGAAAUUGAGCUUGGCGGGGUUGGAUUCUGCAUGAACUGUUUAAGAUAAUUUGGUCCCUAUUCCGAUGAUUGACCAGUUAUGUUGGUUCAGUGUAUUUUUUGUGUUCUGAAAUUUUUGAAAAAUAUUACAAAAUGCUAAGCUAUGAUUAAAUGAGGAUGUUUUAUGGUUACUGGAGUGUUUCCGUUACAUGUUCUUUCAUCUUUGGAUUGUAUUAGGGAUUUAGUAUUUGUCUGUAUUUGGAUUUAGUAUGUCUACUUGCUGAGAAUUUGUAACCUGCAUGUAUGGUAUUGCCAAAUAAUUAUUUGGUUAACAGUAAAUGGGAUUGUAACA